AUGGGAUCCUCAAGAUUCUUCCCUGUGCUCAUCUUCCUUGUCACCCUCAUCCUUGGGAUUUCGGCCUCUCCUGUGCUCACCGAGCGAGCAACUACUACCAAAUGCACUGCCAACGAUAUCGCACUUGUUCGCCGUACAGUCAACGAUGAGGUAUACUUCUGCAAGUGGUGGCUCUCUGAUGGCCGCACCCGGUCUCCCUUCUACCAGUUCACCCCUAUCCAAGUCACCGAUCUCUGCAAGUGCAUUGUAGCUGGCUCCAAGACCCCUUCCAAACCUAAGCGUGAUGAGAUCUCUGCUCCCGUCGAAAACAUCUUGAAAAGACAGACUCUUGCUUCAUGCAGAGCAGAGGUCAGCCGCCAGUUCACCAUGCCUUGGUACUUCUGCACUUUCUACAACGCCCACUCAAGAACCACGUCUCCAUUUGCAAGAUACUCAGCCAAAGCUCUUACAACCCUUUGCAAGUGUGUCGAGGGGUUUUACUUCAACCAAGAAGACUUCAAGCUCGACCAAGAAGAUCUCUACCUCGUCCAAAACGUCUUCGUCUUCAAAGACUUCAUCGAAGUCUUCAAGCUCGUCGCUGUCAAAGACAUUCUCAAAGACGUCCUCAAAGACAUCUUCGCAAAAAUCGUCAAAGUCUUCGUCCAAAACCUCAUCUUCAUCCAAAACCACGUCGAAAUCUUCCUCGAAGCCCCAGACAACUUCGUCUUCGUCCAAAACUUCUUCGAAGACAACCUCAAAGUCUUCGUCUAUGUCAUCGACGCCCAAGACUUCAAGCACGUCGAGCAGAAGUGGGUUCAGCUCUUCUAGAACUUCCACGAGCUCGUCCAGGUCUUCGUCGUCGACUCACAUGUCUUCCUCAUCGAUUCGUACGUCCUCUUCGUCGUCUCGUACGUCUUCGUCAUCGUCGUCUCGUACAUCUUCGUCAUCGUCGAUCCGUACACCCUCUCCAUCAGUCCUUACAUCUUCUUCGUCGGCUGGCUCAUCUUCGUCAUCUCGCUCGUCGUUCAUUUCAAAUAGCGCCACUGAAUCGAGCACGAGUGUCACGGCGUCUGCAUCGACUUCGACCUCCGGGACAUCUAGCUUUUCCGGUUCUUCCGGCGCAAGCGAGACAAAGACAACAUUGUCACCAUCAACGAAUGUGAACGUCCUGACUACUUCGACCACGGGUAGACCCAAUGGCCCGAGCUUCUCGAUAUACGUGCCUGAGACACCUACGACCUCUGCAAGUCGGAGUUCCUCAUCUAGCGCUGUUGUUGACAACACGUCCAC